GAGCCAGGUACCCAAAUCCCUCCUGCAGCCACCCCAGCCUCUCCAGGAACUACCCAAAUCCCUACAGGAACUACUCAAAUCCCUCCAGGAACCAUCCCAACCCCUCCAGGAGCCACUUCAACUCCUCCAGGAACCAUCCCAACCCUGCCAAGAGCCACCCCAAUCCCUCCAGGAACCACCCAAAUCCCUCCAGCUCCUACCAGGAGCCAGAUACCCCAAUCCUUCCAGGAACCAUCCCAACCCCUCCAGAAGCCAUCCCAACCCCUCCAGGAACCAUCUCAACCCCUCCAAGAGCCACCCCAACCUCUUCAGGAACCACCCCAACCCCUCCAGGAACCACCCAAAUCCCUCCAGCUCCUACCAGGAGCCAGAUACCCCAACCCCUCCAGCAUGUGUGACCAGGAGUCAGCUUUUCACUCUAUGCUACUCCUGCCUCUGGAACAAGGACCUGCCUGCAGGAUCCAACGUGGAGCUGGUGGCAGGAGGGACCAUGAACUGGCACAAUACAGAGUUGGAAACUACCACAUCCAUGUGA